AUGUUCCCCUCUCUACGUCCCGGUCAAUUAGCCUUCUUGGUCGUGUUCCACUCUCUACUCUUUUUCUCUCUUCAAGCCAAUGCCGCCCCCGUAAAUGCCACAGGAAAGCCUACCCAGGUCACCACCGUUCACACUACCGAUACUGCUCUCGGUUUAAUGACGGAGACCUGUGUGAUUGUGCUCACGCCGAUUAAGGAUGCACAAGGAAACGAUGCCGUGCAGGAGGUCAGGACAUGUACAGUCACGAUGGAUUCGACAACAACGACAUCGAGCACUGGCUCUGCCUCAUCGACAACUGUCGCCUCGUCUUCAUCUUCAUCUAUUUCCAUCGCUUCAACGACUUCCGCCUCGUCUUCAGUGUCUACUGCAUCGACAUCGACCGCUGCGACAGCGACAUCGGCAUCGGCUUCGUCCUCAAGUGGGAUUGUGGUCAUUGGUAUUUCAACUGUGUCGGGAAGUCAGACCUCGUCCAUUGCUGCAUCAUCCACAAUUCUUGAAACCAGCGCUACGCCCACUGCCAGUGCAACCUCUUCUGGAAUAGUUGUCAUUGGAAUAUCCUCUGUUUCAGGAUCGCCAACGACAUCGGCAACAGUCCCUCCUACUGUCACAGGGAGCGUUCCAAUCGUAGUAGUUAGCUCUACAGCCAGCGACACGGCUACCGCCACUUCCCCAGCAACUACUGAUGCAAACCCCACUCCUACCGCUUCCCCUGAUUCGGCGUCCUCUGCGACCUCCGCCGCUGCAUCAGGCUCGGCCGCUGCUGCUUCCGCGUCCCCAAGCCAAGAUACCUUCCAACUGCCCGGCAAAAAGCUGUCUGUCCUCCCUAUCGGUCUUGGUGUCUUUGCUGGAAUCUCCGUAAUCGCUUUGAUUGUGGUUGGGUUGGUGACCUACGAGCGCACGAAAUAUCGCAAGGCGUUCCGGCAACGUAAACUUGCAGAAUCUGGCGCUAACAUGGGCUAUGGAGGCAAUGCGGCUUGA